CCACAAUCAGUAAGCAACUAUUCAGUGCCUGCGGUAUAUUUACACUGUUGAACUGCAUACUGUGCUCUUUGAAUACUUCUUUCGAAUACAAAUGGACACAAAACUUAGAUAAAGUAGGAAAGGGGGCGUGGUCUCUGAAUUUCCUCCGCUUCCAAUCAAGUGUGGGUCGAAGUCAAAACCAAGAUAAGGAGUCGUCCAACUUAAUUCAAGGUUUUCCCAAAAUGGCUGGCAAUUUGAGACGGUUUUACCAAAUGACGGCUAAACUGCUGUCUGGCGAAACCUUUAGUUUCUCUGCACUGAAGGGAAAGGUUGUACUGAUCGAGAAUGUGGCGUCUCUCUGAGGAACAACUACCAGGGACUACACUCAGAUGAACGAGCUCCAUUCCCGCUACUCUGCGGAGGGACUCGUUGUUUUGGGUGUACCAUGCAAUCAGUUCGGACAUCAAGAGAACUGCAAGAAUGAUGAAAUCCUAAGAUCCCUGAAGUAUGUUCGUCCAGGAAAUGGCUUUGAGCCAAAGUUCCAGCUCCUGGAGAAGUUGGAUGUGAAUGGAAAGGAUGCUCACCCCUUGUUUGUGUAUCUUAAAGAAAAACUCCCUUUCCCCAGCGAUGACUCGGUGGCUCUCAUGACCAAUCCAAAGUUCAUCAUUUGGAGUCCUGUUUGUAGACAUGACAUAUCCUGGAACUUUGAGAAGUUCCUAGUCAGUGGUGAUGGGGAACCUUACAAGCGCUAUAGUAGACAUUUCCACACUAUUGACAUUGAGGCAGAUAUUAAAGAGCUGCUGCAGAGGGUAAAAUAAAAGUUCUAUGGAAAUCAGCUGUAACCACCCUGGCCACAAAGAAUUGUCAGUAGACAUAUUUGUUUGGGCUAUUUUAGAAUUCUUUCUCUCAGCAUACCAAAGAUUGUGAUAUUUCCAGUACCAGAUAUAUGAUGGUUUGCAAGCUAUUUACUAAAUGAAGACACUCUUUUUAAACCUUUUAGGCCAGGAGUUUCUGAAGAAGAUGUAAAAGUUUGACUUAACCAAUGUAUAUACUGCAAAUAUCUUAAUUUGAUGUGCUUACAAAAAAUAAAAUGCAUAUCCAAUAAAGGAGCUUUGCAACUGAUA